AUGGAAAUUUACGUUGAUGAUAUGGUGGUUAAAUCAGAUGAAAUGUUAGCACAUUGUUCAGAUUUGGGCGAAGCUUUUGGGGAACUCAGGAAGCAUAAUAUGAGACUUAAUCCAGAGAAGUGCUCAUUUGGGAUCCAGAGUGGAAAGUUUCUGGGUUUUAUGAUCACAAGAAGGGGAAUUGAGGUAAAUCCUGACAAAUGUAAGGCCAUUCUUGAAAUGCAAAGCCCCUCCUCAGUGAAAGAUGUGCAGAAAUUAACUGGAAGAAUUGCAGCUCUAGCAAGAUUCCUGCCGUGCUCCGAAGACAAAUCAGCUCCAUUUUUCCAAUGUCUAAGGAAAAAUAAGGUGUUUCAAUGGACAGAAGAAUGUGAAGUGGCGUUUCAAAAUUUAAAGGAGCAUUUAUCAAAGCCACCAAUAUUAUCAAAGCCAAUGCCAUGUAUUUCAUUGUCAAUGUUUAUUUCCAUAUCUGAUAAUGCUGUUAGCUCAGUCUUGUUGCAAGAAAUUAAAGAUGAUUUGAGAAUCAUAUAUUUUGUGAGUCAUGCACUCCAAGGAGCAGAAGUGAGAUAUCAAAAGAUUGAAAAGGCUGUCUUAGCCUUGAUUAUAUCCGCCAGGAAGUUAAGACCUUAUUUCCAAGGCUUUCCAGUGGUAGUCAAAACUGAUUUGCCACUUCGCCAAGUGUUGCAAAAGCCUGAUAUAGCGGGAAGAAUGGUUUCAUGGGCUGUAGAAUUGUCAGAGUUUGGGAUUUCAUUUGAGAAAAAAGGGCAAGUUAAAGCACAGACUUUGAUUGAUUUUGUUAAUGAGAUGUCUCCAGAAGAAAAGAAUGAAGAACAAAGUGAGUGGAGUUUGUCAGUGGAUGGUUCAUCUAAUGUCAAAGGCAGUGGAGCUGGAGUGAUUCUGGAAGGACCCGGAGGCGUGACAAUUGAACAAUCGUUAAAGUUUGAUUUCAAAUCAAGCAAUAAUCAAGCAGAGUACGAAGUCAUAAUUGCAGGUUUGAGACUCGCAAUUGAAAUGGGCGUACAGAAUAUCAGAAUCAAAACAGAUUCACAGAUAGUGUCAAGACAAAUUCAAGGAGAAUAUCAGGCGAAGGAUGCACAAUUGGCCAAGUAUUUGAUAAAAGCGCAGAAUUUAAUGAAGCAGGUGGAGAAAGUACAGAUUAAUCAUGUUCCGCGAGAGGAGAAUACAAGGGCUGACAUCUUGUCAAAAUUAGCAAGCACUAAGAAACCGGGGAAUAACAAAUCAGUAAUUCAGGAAGUUAUAAAUAGCCCAAGUGUGGAAAAUGAGGAAGUUAUGGCUAUUCCAAUGGUGAUUGAUCAAGAUUGGAUGACUCAAAUUAAGUUGUGUUUGGAAGCAGAGGGAGCUGAUUUGCAUUUGUUCACUAAAGAUCAGAUUCGUGAAGCAAGCCAUUAUACUCUUUUGGGCGAUCAAUUAUACAGAAGAGGAGUCGGGAUUCCAUUGUUGAGAUGCGUUUCUAAGGAGGAGGCUGAUAUAAUCAUGUUUGAGGUGCAUGAAGGAGUUUGUGCGAGUCAUGUAGGUGGAAGAUCUUUGGCUGCAAAAGUUUUGAGGGCAGGAUUUUAUUGGCCAACACUGAGGUCAGAUUGCAUGGAAUAUGCAAAAAGGUGUGAAAAGUGUCAGUUGUAUGCAGAUUUGCACAGAGCGCCGCCAGAAACAUUAAGUUCAAUGAGUUCAUCGUGGCCAUUUGCAAUGUGGGGCGUAGAUAUCUUGGGACCUUUCACUCCAGCAGAAAUGGGUAUUGAGAUGCGUUUUGCUUCUGUAGAGCACCUGCAGUCAAAUGGGCAAGUGGAGUCUGCAAAUAAGGUAAUUCUGAAUGGGAUCAAGAAACGUUUGGGUGAAGCAAAAGGGUUAUGGGCUGAUGAAUUGAUUACUGUUAUUUGGGCGUAUAAUACAACACCACAAUCAACCACUGGCGAAUCACCGUUUAAGUUGACUUAUGGAGUGGAUGCGAUGAUCCCCGUAGAAGUGCAAGAUAUGACGUUUAGGGUGGCAACGUAUAGUGAGGAACAUAAUGACGUGAAUAGGCUGGUGGAUUUGAAUUUGGCAGAGGAAACUAAUGCAGAAGUUCGUUUGAGACAAGCAGUGGUAAAGCAAAGAUCAGAAAGGCGUUACAAUUCAAGAGUAGUCCCAAGGCAAAUGGAAGUGGGCGAUUUAGUGCUGAGAAGAAAAACAAGAGGACCAGAUGAUUCAAAGCUGUCACCAAAUUGGGAAAGACCUUACAGAAUUCGCAGAGAAUUGGGACAAUGGGCGUAUCAUUUGGAAGAAUUGUCUGGGCGAAGGAUACCGAGGGCUUGGAAUGCACAUCAUCUUCGUUAUUAUUACAGUUGA